AAACGUGUUUACGUGGACGAUCAACUCGCGCAAGGAUAUUGCGUAUAUGCAUAAGGGAGUUGUUAGUUCCUCUCGUGGAAGGCUGACAAUCAGUCACAUUGGAGCUUAAAACAGAAGCAAACUUACCCUAGGACGGACUUUAUCGGACGCAGUACAUCUGUACUGUACGACUUGGAAUCGCCCAAUUAAAAACGAGUUCAGAACAUGGCUACAAACGAAGAAGUGGUCCGAAAUGUCGAUGCAGAGGCCUAUGACCCAGAUAAGCCCCAACAGUAUGGGGAGGCUUUCCCUCCCCUGGGUCGCACUGCCCUUCCUGGAGCAGUGGGACCCAAAUUGGCUCACCCAACUAUGGAGAAAACAAUAUGGAGUAACAAAAUGACCAUGAAAACAUCAACUUGCACUCAGGUGUUUACUGUGCCCAUGGAAGAGCGAAGAUUUAAAGAAUUUAAUGAACAGAGUUUUGGGGAUGAAACAGACCAGGCAAAGAUCUGUAAAGAAAUAAUGGCCCGUAACAAUGUGUCAAUUGAGAUGAGCUGUGCCAAGGACCAGAGCUUGACUGUUGUAAUACAUGGAAAAGAUCAAAAUGUUAUGAAAGCCAGAAGAGAAAUUGUCAGUCGAUUGCAGACACAGGCUAACACCUUACUGAAAAUACCAAGGGAACACCACAGAUUCAUCUUAGGAAAAAGUGGCAAGAAACUUCAGGACCUGGAACUGGCUACACAGACCAAGAUAACCAUCCCCCGACCAGAGGAGAACUCGGACAUGAUUAAAAUAACCGGCACCAAAGAAGGCAUCGACAAGGCCAGACAUGAGAUACAGAUAACAUCAGAUGAGCAGGCUAAACUGGCUUUUGAGCGUCUACCUGUACCAAAAGUGUAUCAUCCCUUCAUUUGUGGACCUAAGAAUGAUAAUAUAAAGAAGUGGGUGGAAGAAACUGGGGCCAAAAUCCAUAUGCCCCCACCUAGCGUGAUGAAGGAUGAGAUUGUUGUUUCAGGAGAGGUUGAAGGAGUCAGCAAAUGUAGAGCCAACAUCAUGAAGAUCUAUGAGGAAAAGAAGCGCAAGUGCCAGACUGUUUCUGUAGAAGUGAGGAAGUCCCAGCAUAAGUACAUUAUCGGACCACGUGGAAAUGGAGUCCACGAAAUACUAGCUGCCACAGGAGUGUCUGUAGAGGUACCACCGGUUGACAGUUCCCUCGAGACCAUCACUCUACGCGGAGAACAAGAUAAACUUGGACCAGCACUCACCAUGGUCUACUCGAAGGCCAACAGUGUUGUGUUUGCAGAGGUAAUGGCUGCCACAUGGCUGCAUAAAUAUGUGAUAGGGCGACAGGGUGCCAAUGUAAGGAAGAUCACCGAAUCUUUCUCGAAGGUACACAUUGAGUUCACUGAUGGAGCAGACAAGAUUGUUGUUGAAGGUCCACCAGAGGAGGUGGAAUCGGCUGUCAAGGAAUUAGAGGCUGUUGUAAAGGAUCUGCAAUCGCGAAUGGACUUCACUGAAAUAAACAUCGAUCAAAGAUUCCACAAACACAUCAUUGGAAAAUCAGGACAGAACAUCACAAGGAUUAAGAAUGAUACUGGAGUGUCGAUUAAGAUACCAUCUGACACUGAACACAGCAACAUCAUCAGGAUUGAAGGAGAUCCAAAAGGUGUGGUCCAGGCCAAGGAAGAGCUUAUGGAAAUGGCCCAGCGUAUGGAAAAUGAAAAGAGCAAGGACAUCUUGAUUGAGCAGCGCUUUCAUCGCUCCAUCAUUGGAGCUCGUGGAGAGAAUAUUCGAGAGAUAAGGGACCGCUUCAAUCAAGUCCAGAUCACAUUCCCUGAUCCUGGAAAAAAGAGUGAUAUCGUUACAUUGAGGGGACCAAAGAAUGAUGUGGACAAAUGUUUCAAACAUCUCUCACAACUGCAGCAAGAUAUGGUGGCUAGCAAUUAUCAGGCCCAUGUCCACAUAUUUAAAGAUUUCCACAAGAAUAUCAUUGGUAAAGGUGGAGCUACAAUCAGGAAGAUCCGUGAGGAAACAAACACAAGGAUUGAUCUGCCGAGUGAGGACAGUGAAUCCGAUGUCAUCCUCAUCACUGGUAAAAAGGCUGAUGUGGAGGCAGCUAGGUCCCAGAUUGAGGCUAUACAGAAGGAUUUGGCUAACAUCAAGGAAGCUGUUGUGACCAUACCACACAAAUUACACAACUCCAUCAUUGGUGCCAAGGGAAGACUUAUCCGGGCCAUUAUGGAAGAAUGCGGUGGUGUCAUCAUUCGUUUCCCAUCUGAGGGGAAUGUUAGUGACAAAGUUAUCAUCCGUGGACCAACUGCAGAUGUAGAAAACGCCAAAAUACAGCUGAUGGAACUGGCUUCUGAGAAGCAACAGUCAAGUUUCACAACAGAAGUAAGAGCAAAACCAGAAUAUCACCGAUUCCUCAUCGGGAGGGGAGGCACUAACAUCAGAAAGGUGCGCGAGAAGACUGGGGCUAGAGUUAUCUUCCCUAGUUCUGAGGACCAAGACCAGGAGCUCAUCAGCAUCAUCGGCAAAAAAGAAUCCGUUGACAUGGCAAAGGUUGAGCUGGAAGGUCUCAUCAAGAAUCUGGAUAAUAUUGUUGAGGGGGAGAUGAACGUGGAUCCUAAACAUCACCGACACUUCGUGGCCAGACGAGGUGAAGUUCUCCGCCACAUUGCUGAGCAGUAUGGAGGUGUAACCGUCAGCUUUCCUCGCAGUGGCGUCAAAAGUGAUCGAGUUGUCAUCAAGGGCUCUAAGGAUUGUGUCGAGGGAGCCAAGAAACGUAUUCAGGAGAUUGUCUCAGAUCUGGACUCGCAAGUGACAGUAGAUUGUGUGAUCGCACAGCAACAUCAUCGCACAGUGAUGGGCACACGCGGUUCAAACGUUCAGGAGAUCACCCGCAAUUACGAUGUUGGCAUCAAGUUUCCAGAGAGGCCAGUUGCCAAUGGCGAUAAAGAAAACCAUCAGGAUGGCGGUAUGGUGAAUGGGGAAGUGAAUGGUGAUGCUCCUCCUACCCCUGAACAAUCUCCGAAGAAAAAUGACAUCAUCGUCAUUACAGGCAAAUUGGAGAACUGUGAACAGGCUAAGGAAGCUCUACUGGCACUUGUACCCAUCACAGAUGAAAUGACCAUCAGGUACGACUUCCACCGUUUCAUCAUUGGACAGCAGGGUAAGGAUGUUCGCCGCAUGAUGAAGGAACAUGAUGUCAACAUCUCCAUACCGCCUGCUAGUGAACACUGUGAAACCGUCAAAGUAACUGGUCCUCCAGCCAAUGUGCGGCGAGCCAUGGCUGCUCUUUCUGAUCGAUGUGAUGAGCUGGAACGAGAAAUGGAAGAUAGGGAACUGAAAAGCUUCAAACUGACCAUCGAAGUUGAUGCUAGCCUCCACCCAAAGAUUAUAGGACGUAGAGGUGCAGUCAUUUCCAAGAUACGCAAGGACCAUGAUGUCAACAUCCAGUUCCCAAACCGAGAGGACACUGACCAGAACACCAUCACCAUCACUGGCUAUGAGAAGGCAACACACGCUGCCAAGGAGGAUAUCUUGAAGAUCGUUCAGGAAUAUGAGGAAAUGGUUACUAUUGAGUGUCGUGUGGACCACAGAGUUCAUCCACGCAUCAUUGGAGCUCGUGGACGCAACAUCAGAAAGUUGAUGGAACAGUUCAAGGUUGAUGUUCGCUUUCCACGUUCCGACUCUGAUGACACUGAUGUCAUCUUCAUUACUGGGGCAGAGGAUGCUGUGGAAGAUUGUCAAGAUCAUCUCCUUAACAUAGAGGAGGAAUUCCUCCAGGAUGUGAUCGACCAGGAGGCCAUGCGCGAUCUUACCAGACCACCAAGUAAACGAGAAGGAGGCGGCAAAGGUCAACAACAACCGCCCCAGGGUUUUGUGGUUCAUGGUGCCCCGUGGCACAAUGCUCCGGAUACCACCAGCACAGAAGAGUUCCCCUCCUUCGGAGCGGUCACUGCUCCAAAUCCUGGUCGUGCCUGGGGACCAUCACCCUUUGGCGGCAAGAAGUAGACUGCCAGUCUAUCUGUUGGUUUCUGUCCUCUCAACAUUUGAGUCCUGUGUGCUUGACUGGCCCUGUGUGUGACACCUAUAUUUCCCGGGACAGAUGGCCAAGAUUAUCACCUGUCUACUUUGUAUUGGGCAUUGAGGGUCGCUGUUUCCUUGUAUAGUUGGAUGGGUCAAAAAUAUUGACCAGUAUCAGGAAAUCUGCAAAUUUGUGAAGACUACUGAAUGUAAACAAUUCUUCAGGAAUGUUCACAAAAUAUCAUUUAGCUUUUAGGGGAUAAUAUAGUAAGAAAUGUGCCAUUCUGUGGUUUUCUUAACAUUCUUUUUUCUCUUCAUUGCUUCAUUUACACAAAUGUUAGCGAUAAAAUUCAACGCUGUAGUUUUGAAUUGAUGAAAGCUGUACUUAAUUGGUAUGGAAGGGGGUUGGGUAAUAAUUUGGCAUGGGAGGGGGUAGGGUUAUAUAUGGAUUUUAAUUGAAUGCUUGUUGUAUGGCUGUGGUGUGUUUCUAGAGUGAUUCAUUUAAUAAUAUUUAAUAUUAAAUAUAACUGCCGUAGAUUCCAAGCAUUGCAUUAGUCUCUUUUUUUCUUCCUUUUAUGUAGAGCUAUUUAGAUGAUCAUGACAUUGUUUAAUGCUAUAAAUCUGUACAUUUUGUUUGUUAUGCAAGUUUUUUUUAUUAGUUUUAUCAUUGAGAUUUUUAACAAUGAUACGACGGGAUUUUGAUUCCUGUGAUUACAAUGCCCUGCAAUAUAUUAUUACAGAAAGGUCUUGAAUUAAUUGUUGAUAGCAUAAUCGUUCAUUGGAAACACCAACUACUUCUAAUCAUGGAAAAAUCUUCCACAAUUUCCAUUUGGAUAGAUUGAAAAUCUAAUUAUAUGUUGUCCGUUUUGAAUUUAAUGUAUCCAAGGCAUUUAAACUAUUAGGUUUGAGUUGUGAUCUAUAAUUAACAUUUUAUUUGUUCUAGUUUUCAUCUGCUUUUCAUGUCUUGAUAUUUGGCAAAUUGAUUAGAUUUGUAGUUGUGAAUGUUAACAACAGAAGUCAUGUUGUUCCUGUUAGUUAACAAUGAAAUUGUGUACGGUUUCCAUGUGGUGGAGGUUAUGUUAGUGCUAAAAUUAUCAUGUAUAGUAAUAAAUAAAUGAUUGACCAUACUUUAUCUCCUGAUCACCACGCUCCUAAUAUCCCCAUCUCAUAAAAUGUCCUGGUUGAUGUCGGCAGGCCAAUUGUGUACGAAGUGUGUUGUGUAAAUGCAGCUACCUGUUCUGGUAUGAAUACCUGAGUUUUAAUCUCACCAUAUCUGAAGCUAGUCACUAUACCUCUUCUAGGUUUAAACAAAACUACAAAAAAGUGUUGGGAGUACAUGUGCAUUAGAGUGAAUAAUGGAUCGUUGCAGCUCUUAACCGAUAUUGUACACAGAUAUCAUUUUAUUCCUCAUUCAAGUAGUAACCUCUUGUUUAACUUUUUACAGGAAAUGCAUGUUUUAUCAGUACUUUAUUAAUGAUAAAAAGAAAAAAAAGUUAAAUGAGAGAAACUGACCACAUUUACCAUAAAAUAUGGUAUCUGUACCACUGUUGGACCUCCCACACCACAGUGUUGGUAACUAUGGGGCUACACACCGUCACUGUGGCGAGAGAGGUCUUAUCAUGAUUUACAUUUAUGCAAUAUAUAUAUAUAUAUAUUAAACAUGCUAUGUGCUGAACAUUUGGUACACAGUUUUCUUGGGUCAGGAGAAUACCACUUCUGUGCCAGUCGCCAUGGUAAAAGGUAAACGUAUACCUCGGGUAAACCAUUUAGAGCCAUGUUUCUAUGGUAACCGUGUUUCCAUAGUAAAAGUAUGGUUGUGCACACAGAAUUUUGUUAUCUUUUUUUUUUUUUUUUUGUCCAUUGUUGAUUUUAGAAUUUUAGUGUAAAUUGUUGAUGGUUUGCUCACAGCUGUUUAAAGUUGGGCAUAUUAAAAUGAUACUAUUACAAUGUCUAUUGUUCAACACUUUACACACAUUAUGUAAAUUAUACAAGAGACUAGAUUAUUGCAACUGUACCUAUAUACACAUUAUGAUUUAAGGAUAUCAGCGACCUAUGUCAAGAACUAUGUUCUUUAACCUGCUACCCUACAUUUACUGUGAUUCAUGUUCUCCAGAACACUUGAACAGAAAAAUAAAAAUGGAGAAAAACAUA